AGCACCACAACCUCAUAUGAGCACUGUGCCCACGCGCUCACUCUAAGAGAAAGCCUUAAAGUUUAAAUAAAUAACGUUAAUCUCACCGUGUCUGUCAUCUUCAAUUUUUGACCACACUGUUUUCCUCCAACAGCGUCCUCACUCACUCCCAUUGGUUUGAUGUGCGAGAAGGUGAUAAAUUUCCGCCAUAAGCUCCCAAAUUUGAGCUUCGAGUCUCAGAAUAGAAGCUUCCAGCUCUGCUAAUUCUCAGAUCUGAAGCGUCAUUUUCCAUUUCUUGAUUUUCAUUUUAUUUUAUUUUUGUUGGAUUUGAUUCUCGAUCGGUGUUGAGUUGGGGAGAUGUUGGGGCGGUCCGCACUGUCGAGAACCGGCAGCUUCCGGCCGGAGAAUUUGGGGCAGAAUGCUAUGGUAAUGAUUGGAAACCUGUGUUUUACUCUAUUCGUAAUCGGAGUUCUGAUCUUCACCAUCAUUGCCGCCACAUACGAGCCGGAGGAUCCGCUGUUUCAUCCGUCUACCAAGAUCACCACCUUCCUCACUUCCACCUCCAAUGCGACCUUUAAAUCCGACAACUCCGUCGUCAAGACCGGCGAGGAUUUCAUGCGCCCCAACGAGACUGCCAUCGCCGCUUUUAUCAAUAUUACGGAUGUGCAAAACCCUACCCCCGAUUCCACUGAAUGCGAGGGCGGUGUUGACCAGCCCAUCGAUUGCUCCGACCCUGACGUCUUCCAUUUGAUGAUGAGGGCCGCCAUUGAGGUGUUUAGGGACAUUCAUUUCUACCGCUUUGGGAAGCCUGUUCGCGGAUCUAAUGAGUCCACCUGUGAUAUGGCUUGGCGGUUCAGGCCUAAGGAGGGGAAAACGGCGUCGUUUUACAAAGAUUAUAGGAGGUUUGUCAUCUCCAAGUCGGAGAAUUGCACUUUGAGUGUUUUGGGGAUUGGGGAUUAUCACACUGGAGUCAAUGCGAGGAAGAAGAAGCGGAAUCAGAAGCCGGGUUUUCAGAAGCAAGAGCCUGCUGCUACAUUGCCGGUUGUUGGGGAAGUUGUGAACGAUUCGCUCCCUGUAGUUGAAUCCGAGGGUUCAUUUAGUCAAGGGAAGUACUUGGUUUAUAUAGGAGGUGGAGAUAGAUGCAAGAGCAUGAAUCAUUAUCUCUGGAGUUUCUUGUGUGCGUUGGGCGAGGCUCAGUACUUGAACCGAACUCUGAUCAUGGAUUUGUCCCUCUGUUUGUCUUCAAUUUAUACUAAAUCGAACAGGGAUGAGGAAGGGAAGGAUUUCAGACUUUACUUUGAUUUUGAGCAUUUGAAAGAAUCGGCAUCUGUGCUGGAUCAAGCUCAAUUUUGGUCGGAUUGGAAUAAGUGGCAGAAGAAAGAUGGGUUGAAUCUUCAUCUGGUGGAGGAUUUUAGGAUCACGCCUAUGAAGCUUGCAGAGGUGAAGGAUGCUUUGAUUAUGAGGAAGUUUGGGUCUGUUGAACCAGAUAAUUACUGGUAUAGGGUGUGUGAGGGAGAGACUGAAUCUGUGGUUCAGCGGCCGUGGCAUCUGAUAUGGAAAUCUAAACGGUUGAUGGACAUUGUUUCGGGGAUUGCAUCAAGGUUGAAUUGGGAUUUUGACUCUGUUCAUGUUGUGAGAGGGGAGAAGGCGAGGAACAGGGACCUUUGGCCUAAUCUUGACACAGAUACUUCACCUGAUGCACUCCUCUCAUCCCUGCAGGAAAAAAUUGAAGAUGGGAGGAACCUAUACAUUGCGACGAAUGAACCUGAUACAUCAUUCUUUGAUCCUUUGAAGGACAAGUAUUCAACUCAUUUUCUUGACGACUAUAAGGAUCUUUGGGAUGAGAAGAGUGACUGGUAUACAGAGACAACAAAGCUGAAUAAUGAAGCUCCUGUUCAAUUUGAUGGUUACAUGAGAAUUUCAGUUGAUACGGAAGUGUUCUUGAGGGGGAAAAAGCAAAUCGAGACUUUCAAUGAUCUCACUAGUGAUUGCAAGGAUGGUAUUAAUACCUGCAGCACUGCAGCAAGCUAAUUCCCCAUUCAUGAGGUUUGAAAAUCUGCAGCUGUUACAUUUUGGGAUCAUGUGAUCCUUUAGCUAUUUUGUGUUGCUUUGAGAAAUUCUAGCUCAUAAUUAGUAGUUCCGAGUACUGUACCCGGUAGAAAAGUAAUGUUUCAUUAUUCAGAAUCUUCCAAUGCUUUUGUUGCAGUUGGGUCAAUGUUUGAUUGCAUUUUCAAUAUGUAUCCAGUCUCACAGUACCUUCUACUUGUACUGCCUUGGUUUUUUUUUUUUUUUGUUUCGAAUCUUCAUGUUCUUUCAAGAACUCAUGAGCCCAACUCCAGCAAUAAAUCUUUUGGUGUCCAGCUAA